AUGAGCGCUCACCCUGUUGUAAACUACGAUCCAGUUGAAGAAAGAAUCAAUUUUAUUAGCCAUGCUAUUGGAGCAGGUCUUGCACUCAUAGCGGGUAUUUUAUUGAUUAUCAAAGGGUCUUACUUAGAAACAGCGCAGUGGAUCGGGCUGUGGGUCUAUGCUUUGAGCCUAUUUUUAUUGUUCGCCGCAUCAAGCUUGUAUCAUUUUGCGGAAUCUCCAGAGCGUCGCGGCUGGUAUAAAAAAUUAGAUCACACUGCCAUUUAUUAUCUGAUUGCAGGCACCUACACUCCAUUUUUGUCUAUCGCACUGCCCACACAAAAAGCCCAUUACCUACUCAUUGCACUUUGGGUGAUUGCACUCAUUGGUACACUAUUCAAGUUAGUUUUCAUUCAUCGCUUUGAAAAAAUUUCACUGAUUGCUUAUCUGCUUAUGGGUUGGCUGGCUGUACUGGUAAUGGAUGAUAUGCAACGCUUUUUAUCUAAACCAGCUUUGACUUUUUUAAUCAUUGGUGGACUUUCCUAUACCAUCGGUGCAUUGUUUUAUGCGCUAAAAAAGGAUCACAUUUCCUGUCCAUCUAUCUUUACGUCUACCAUGGCGUCAUUAAAUACUGCUGUUGCUGAACAGCAGCCUGUAAACUCAAAAUUCCGCGUACUUACAGCCAGUCUGGUAGGUACAACUAUCGAAUUCUUCGAUUUUUAUAUUUAUGCCACUGCGGCUGUCAUUAUUUUUCCGUAUCUGUUCUUUCCAGCAAGUACCGAUCCAAUGACUGCAACCAUUCAGUCUUUGGCAACCUUCGCGAUUGCCUUUAUUGCACGCCCGAUUGGCGCUGCACUCUUUGGACAUUUAGGUGAUCGUAUCGGCCGAAAGGCGACCUUGGUUGCAGCUUUGCUGACCAUGGGACUUUCAACCGUGUGUAUCGGCUUAUUACCCACCUAUGCACAAAUUGGAAUUGCCGCACCAUUACUGCUUGCGCUGUGUCGUUUAGGUCAAGGACUCGGCUUAGGUGGUGAAUGGUCGGGUGCGGUAUUGCUUGCCACAGAAAAUGCACCUGAAGGUAAGCGUGCUUGGUAUGGCAUGUUUCCCCAACUGGGCGCGCCGAUUGGCUUUAUCUUAGCAACUGGUUCAUUCUUAACGCUGGGUCAUUUUAUGACUGAAGAAGCGUUCAUGACUUGGGGCUGGCGUAUUCCUUUUAUCUCAAGUGCUUUAUUGGUAAUUGUAGGUCUGUGGAUUCGUUUACAACUCCAUGAAACUCCUGCAUUCCAGAAAGUUUUAGACAAGCAAAAAGAAGUUAACAUUCCAUUUAAAGAAGUGAUCACCAAGCACUGGGGCAUGUUGAUUUUAGGUACCAUUGCAGCCAUCUGCACCUUUGUGGUGUUCUACCUCACGACGGUAUUUGCUUUACAAUGGGGUACCAAACAGCUGGGUUACACCCGUGAACAGUUCUUACAACUUCAACUGGUCGCAACCCUCUGCUUUGCUGCAUUCAUCCCCUUGUCUGCGGUUUUUGCGGAAAAAUUUGGUCGUAAAACCACCUCUAUUGCAGUCUGUAUUGCUGCGGCGUUAUUUGGUUUAGUAUUCUCAAGCAUGUUGGAAUCAGGCAGUACCCUUAUUGUGUUCUUGUUCCUGUGUAUUGGUUUAUCCAUCAUGGGUUUAACCUAUGGACCAAUUGGUACUGUGCUCUCUGAAAUUUUUCCAAUAUCCGUUCGUUAUACAGGUUCAGCACUGACCUUUAACCUUGCGGGGAUCUUUGGGGCAUCAUUUGCACCUCUCAUUGCCACCAAGCUUGCAACCACCUAUGGUUUACAUGCAGUAGGUUACUACCUCACGGCGGCAUCGCUUCUGUCAUUAUGUGCGUUCUUAAUGAUCCGUGAAACCAAAAAUGAUGAU